CACAUAUGUCAGGCGCUCUCUAUGCUCUAUUUAUACUUUAAAUAUAUUGGGCCCUAGCCACUUGCAUCUUUCUCGGAUACUCGAAGACUCACACCUCCUGCCUCCGGGUUAGGCUCGAAGAUUCCCGCUUUCGAGCGAUGCACCCAUUGGGGAUUGAUUCUUGUCUUCCGCCACCGGGCAAGGCUCGCAAACUGCCUCUGAGCGAGGCUCCCCCCGAGGAAUGUUUCCCGCCUCCGAGCUAUGCUCCCUCUAUGGAAUGCUUUCCCGCCUCCGAGCGAUGCUCCCUCUAGGGAACGCUUCCCAGGAAGCCGAGGGAGCAAUGCGCUUCCCAGGAAGCCGAGGGGGCGAUGCACUUCUUAAGAAGCCGAAGGAGCAAUGCGUUUCCCAGGAAGCUUGAGGAGCAAAGCUCUUCCCACAAAGCAAAGGAGCAAUGCACUUCUCAGGAAGCGAAGGAGCAACGCGCUUCCCAGGAAGCGAAGGAAAAAUGUGCUUCCCAGGAAGCUGAGGACUAAGCGCUUCUUAGAAAGCCGAAAUACUAAAGCGCUUCUCAGGAAGCCGAAGGAGCGAUGCGCUUCCCAGGAAGCGAAGGAGCAAUGCGCUUCCCAGGAAGCCAAAGAGCGAUGCGCUUCCCAGGAAGCGAAGGAACAAUGCGCUUCCCAGGAAGUUGAAGGAUUAAGCGCUUAUCAGAAAGCCGAAAUACUAAAGCGCUUCCAAGGAAGUAGAAAGACUAACAGCGCUCCUCUGAAAAACAGGAUCAAAAUUCCUAUGAAGCUUUAAGGAAGAACACCUUCCAAAAGGCCUGGAAGAUAGAACGCCUCUUGAUACGCGAAAAGAAAGAAAUAGCUGGCUGGAAGAUGAAACGCCUCCUAGUAGGGGGCAACAUCAGCAAGAAGAGAAUAGUUGAUCUUGCCUCACACAAGCAAGACACUGACAAGACACAUGACUUCCUGACAACAUGGACACGACAUUGGUGAGACACGAAACAAGAGCGUCUUGAGUUAAAGCUCUCAAGUCGUGGGGGCCACCCUACCUAGGUCGCAAUUAUGGUCUACUAGCGCUAACAACAAUGGACUAGCGAAGGAACUCUUAACGACUUGAGAGCUUUGGUUCAAGACAUCGGAAUCCAAGCAAUGGGAAAAGGAAAUGAUCACGCAACUCGCACAAGGGGCAAACCGCAUCAUUCAGAUUCGUAAGUAAGGAAAAUUAAUACACGAUUAACGCAUUA